AUGUCACAGGAGCAAAUACACGACUUCAUGGCCAUCACAAGUGCCUCCUCCACGAACUUGGCCCGCCAGUUCCUGGAGAUGGCCGACAACAACCUCGACACCGCCAUUUCUCUCUUCUUCGAGAACGGGGGCAACAAUGCAGCUCCCAGCAUGCAAGAUAGAGAGGAUGAAGAUUCAGAACUAGCACAGAAAUUACAGAAUGAGGCAUAUCAGGAACCAGAAGUGAGACCGCCCGAUGAAGCUAGGCAUGAGACGCUGGCGGGAGAUGUGACGACUCAUGUGUUUCCCGGGAGAUUUGGUGGUGUAGGAGGUGCAUUCCAACCUUUGAAUAGGGUUAGUGAUAUGUUCGAUACGUCGGUCCCCGCGGGAGUCUUUAAUCAGAGAUUUGAGGAUGCUGGGGAGGAUGAUUAUGGCAAGUUUGAGAGUGAUUCGGAUGAUGAUGACGAUGAUGACGACGACGAAGAUGAUGAUGAUGAAUAUGAGUAUGUAGAGGAGUCCACGGUGGACAUUGGUGACGAUGGGAACCUUAGAGAAUCAACAAAGUUGGUAAGAAGACCGAAGUACGAAACCAAGGCGCAGAAAUUGGCAAAUCUAUUCAAACCGCCCUUUAAGAUGAUGUCCAAGUUGAACCUGGAAGGUGCUAAACUGAAGGCAAGAAGAAAAAAUAAAUGGAUCAUGAUUAACAUUCAGGAUACAGGCAUAUUCCAAUGUCAGGUCCUGAAUAGAGAUUUAUGGUCCUCCAAAGAAGUCAGGAAAUUGAUUAAGAAGAACUUUAUCUUUUUACAAUAUCAAUAUGAAUCUCGUAACGCUGAACCAUAUUUGAAUUUUUACCCGCUUGUCAAUAAGAAGGAUGAUUUGCCCCAUAUUGCCAUCCUGGACCCAAUUACAGGGGAACGUGUCAAACAAUGGAAUCAAGAAGUACCCAAACCGGACUACUUUAUUUCAGAAAUUUUGAAGUUUUUGACAGAUUAUUCCUUAGAUCCAACAGGAACCAACCCAACUGUUAAGGAACCCACACCAGAGAUAGAUCCAACAACGCUUUCUGAAGAACAACAAUUGGAAUUUGCCAUAAAGCAAUCAUUGGGGCAAUCAGCGGAUAAACCAAUUUCUGUGGAUGAUGAGGAGGAGGAGGACGCAGAUGGUGAUGUAAAUAUGGACAAUACUAAGAGUGAGACAGCUUCAGAAGUAGAGGAAGCAGAGGAAAAGCAUUUAGAUGCAUUUGACACCAUCAAACCCAUUAAACAUGAUGAACCGGCAAAUAAACCGGGAAUAACUACAAGAAUACAGAUUCGUACAGGUGAUGGGAAGAGGAUAGUGAAAAGGUUUAAUGCAAUGGAAGACAGUGUUCGUACUCUUUAUGAAGUGGUAAAAUCUGAAAUUGAAGGUUAUGAUACAUGUCGAUUCACAUUAAGUAAUCAUCUAAGAGAGGAUCUGAUAAAUAAACUGGAUAUGAGCAUCUCAGAUGCAGGCCUUAAGAACAGUUCAUUACUCCUGGAGAAAUAUGAAGAUUAG